AUGACAACGCCACAAUCUCUCCUAUUGGCGGCUGGCCGAGCUGCUGAUUUCUACCUAAUUUCCUCAACCCCGCAACAGAUGUCGAUAAAGCCUAAUCUUGACUCUACCACAUCAUCACUCGCGAGGCUAUGGGCGAACUGGCCCCUUGCUAAAGCACCUACGAUCAUCAUGACUGCCGCGAAGUUUCAAGAAAAGCUAAGACGCAAGUUGGGAAGUUUAAGAGGCAAGUUGGGAAAGUUGAAACCCAAGGCAAAGGGUUCGAAGACACAAGGAGGCUCCCAACAUAACCCGGCCGCCACAUCUGUCACAUCCUCACAAGCAAAUGUUGAUCCCCCUCCCGAGAUGGUUACCUCGCCUACUACGGAUACCGUACAAAGCGUGCCCGAUGCUUCCGCUCCGCUCCUAGCGACGGAACCUCCUGUCUCAUCCGGUACGGCACUAUGUGAACCUUCACGAAAUGCUACCACCAAUAUCACAACGGAGAUAUCUCCAAAGGAAAUAGGUGACGUAGCAGCAAAUAUUGAAGAGUCCAGACUUCAUUCUAUCUUUGACAGUGAUCAUGAUGGCCAGCCCCGUAAGCCUGCGGAAGUCGACAUCGUAACAGUCCACGGUCUUAACUUCAUGGGCAAAAAAAACCACGCUCAAGAAACGUGGACGAAGGGUGAUAAGCUAUGGCUCAAAGACUUCCUCCCAGCAGAACUUAAACAAGCCCCUCGUAUAAUGCUCUUCGCAUAUAAUGCCAGCCCCGUUAUAAAUGCAGCAGGCAUCAAUCUUGACGAACACGCACAGAUCCUAUUACAAUGGCUCGAAAUAAGGCGAAAGAAUGCUCCGCAGAGGCCCCUUGUGUUUAUCUGCCAUAGCCUCGGUGGCUUGGUUGUCAAGCAAGUCCGUGCUACUUUGAUCUUUAGGGUUUCUAUAAUUAACAAUAGCCAGGCACUCGUUCAGGCCAAGUUAGAUGAUUCAUACAGCUCAAUUUUCGAAGCGACCUCCCUUCUGAUCUUCUUUGCCACACCACAUCAAGGAGGAAAUGGUGUCGAAAUAGGAGACAUUGUCGCGAACAUAGUCCGCAUAUCAUUAGGAAAUAUUAAGAACGACCUCCUAACGGCGUUGAAACAUAACUCACCUGAGGCGAUAAAACGAUUCGAGCAAGCUCGCCACCUUCCUGACAAAUGUAACGUGAUCAAUUUCUACGAAGGAGAACAGUAUGGUAAACUCGGCAUUAUUGUCGAUAAGAGAUCUGCAACUCUAAAUCUCCCAGGAUCGCGUGAGAAGCAGGUGGCUUUACAUGCCAACCACAGCACCAUUUGCAAGUUUGAUCGCAUCUCAGCUUGCGAAUUAGUAAUACAAACCAUCGCCACGGGAAUCGAGCGUGCUUUGGGGGCUUCCCAGAAUAGUGAACCCAACGAUAAUUAUACCCCAUUUAGCGAAGAGGAUAAUAAAUGCUUGAUGUACCUAAGAGUAACCGACCCCCGCGACGACAAAACUCGCAUCGAGCGAGACAAAGGGGGUUUAUUUGCUGAUUCAUAUGUCUGGGUGCUUGAAAAUGAUGAAUUCAGGCAAUGGGAUGAAGAGCCCGAAGAGCGACUGCUCUGGAUUAAGGGUGAUCCUGGCAAGGGCAAAACAAUGUUGCUCUGUGGUCUCAUUGACCGGCUAAGCUCUGACGAGUGGAGGGCCCAAAGGGCGAGUGCACUACCAACCUAUUUCUUUUUCCAGGCCACCGAGGGACGCAUCAACAACGCCAAUGCUGCCCUACGUAGCUUGAUCUACCUGCUCGUGAAGAACCAGCCGCCUCUUAUCUCGCAUGUACGGUCACGGUACGAUGGGGUGGGGAUGCAGCUUUUCACGGAUACAAAUGCGUGGGAUGCCUUAUCAAAGAUCUUGGGCAGGAUCCUUGAGGACCCGUCCCUGAAAAGCACCUCCAUAGUCAUCGAUGCGCUCGAUGAGUGUACGGAAGACCGAGAUCUGCUUAUUGACCUUAUCAUCCAGAAGUCGGAGUCAUGCUCUCGCGUUAAGUGGAUUGUCUCUAGUCGCAACUGGCCGGACAUCAGCAAGCAUCUCGACUUAGCUACGCAGAAAGUAAGGCUAUGUCUUGAGUUGAAUCCCGAGUCGAUUUCUACGGCUGUCAAUGCAUACAUACCGUUCAAGGUCGAUAAACUGAAAAAGCGGCAAAGAUACAAUGAUGCCACACGGAAUGCUGUCUUGCAGCACCUAUUGUCAAAUGCGGACGACACCUUCCUUUGGGUGGCCUUAGUCUGUAAAAACCUCGAGAAUGUUCCCCAAUGGAAUGUCCUCUCUAGGUUAAAAUCGUUCCCUCCUGGCCUUGUUCCACUCUACGGGCGGAUGUUGAAUCAAAUUGACGAUUUGGACUACGCAGAUCUUUGCAAAGAGAUCUUGUCUGUUGUUUUAACUGUGAAAAGACCAAUUACACUGGAUGAACUAACGACCUUUGUCGAAAUACCCGACACUUUUCACGACGACGAUCUGGUAGAAAUCAUCGAGCUUUGUGGCUCUUUUCUUUCGCUCCGCGAUCGUACUAUCCUCUUCAUCCACCAAUCCGCAAAGGACUUUUUGUUGGGAAAAGCAGCUGAGGACAUCUUUUCAUAUAGGAAAGAAGAAAUCCAUUAUACGAUAUUUGUACGAUCAUUGAAAGCCAUGGAACAGACACUACGACCCGACAUCUACUGUUUAGGUGCUCCUGGAAUUCACAUUUAUGAAGUUAAACAGCCUGAACAUGACCCUCUAAUAGCACUACGCUAUUCUUGUAUCUAUUGGAUCGAUCAUCUCUGCAAUUCCAAGUCUGACAUAAAUACUAAAUACAAGCAUGUUCUACAAGAUGGGGGCUUGAUCGAUACUUUUUUAAGAAAGAAGUAUCUAUGUUGGCUCGAGGCUCUUAGCCUUUGCAAAAAAGGUUUGUACGAAUGGACAAAUCCAAUGGACACACUUCUGGACCUUUUCGAACAGGCAGAUACCUCCGACGUGGCAUAUCUUGUUCAAGAAGCUACUCAAUUUUUGGACGAAAGCUAUUCGGUAAUUGCGGAGUACCCUCUCCAGCUAUAUAGUUCGGCCCUUGUGUUUUGCUCAAGCCGGCGUCUAAUAUGGAAUUUUUAUAAAGAGGAGAUACCAGACUGGAUUAUACUUAAGCCCAAUAUAGAAGAAGGCUGUAUAUCGGCGCUCGAGGGCCACAGCGAUUGCGUUCGUUCGGUGGCGUUCUCGUUCGAUGGUAAGGUCGUAGCGUCAGGAUCAGAAGACUGUACAGUGCGGCUCUGGUCGGCCGAGACAGGAGCAUUACAACUAACGCUCGAAGACCACAGCGAUUGCGUUCGUUCGGUGGUGUUCUCUCCCGAUGGCAAGGUCGUAGCGUCGGGGUCAGAAGACUGUACAGUGCGGCUUUGGUCGGCCGAGACAGGAGCAUUACAACUAACGCUCGAAGGCCACAGCGAUUGCGUUCGUUCGGUGGUGUUCUCGCCCGAUGGCAAGGUUGUGGCGUCAAGGUUAGAAGACUGUACAGUGUGGCUCUGGUCGGCUGAGACAGGAGCAUUACAACUAACGCUCGAAGGCCAUAGUGACAGGUAUGCUUCUUCGGUGGCGUUCUCACCCUAUGGCAAGGUUGUGGCACCGGCAUCCAUCACUCUUACAACACGGCGCUGGCCAACCGAGACAGAUAUAUGCUUACAAAUCUUCAAUUUCGACUCGCUAGUUUCUGAAGUAUCCUGUAGCCAGGACGGCCACUUCAUUCAUACAAAUGCCGGUCACCUCUCCAUCGAUAGUUCACAAAUGGGAGAGACAGCGUCUAGCCAAUUGUCAACUAAGUACGAUCGGAAUCAUUGCUUUACUCACGGGUUUGAUAUCAAUAACGGCUGGGUAACUUGGAACGGAAACAAGUUCUUUUGUAUUAUGCCAGAUGUGAUGGCUUACUCUAUACUUGGCUCCACUGCGGCAUUUGGAUGUCAGUUAGGAGAACUUAUUAUUUUACGGUUUGAUGCAGAAAUGCUACAGAAGUUACUAGGGUUCUAGGUUUCAAGUAUUGAUAUGGAUUGAGGGGGGAUACUGAGGGGUUAGGAGUGAAGCGGUAAAGGAUAGAAAAGGGAGGAUUUUGAUGAAGUUGUAGGAUACCAUCGCAUGUGGCGGAAAGAUUGAUACCCAGGGGAUCAUAUAAGGUCUUUCGUUGAUAGGUACCUUACCUACCGUGACUUGGCAAUAACAUAUGUAUCGAGCUAUGCUUCGUCACUCUUCUUCUUUUAGGAGGGCAAAGCUAGAUGUCAUACCAGUACGUGCUACCUAGGUAUCUUAGAAAUGAGUUCGAUUUCUAUUGGGUUGUUCGCCAUAUAGCGUACCAUCCGGGGGGGGCCAAGGUUGUAAUUGGUUACCGAUAUUAAUAAAAGCAUCUCGUUUGCCGUGGAGCGGUUGGGGAGUUAGUCUUU